AUGCGAUCUAAAUCAACCUGCAUUGCUAGUGUCAUCUUGAUUCUCGAAGAACUGCCUCAUUAUAUUUGUCCAUUGUGGAGGCCUUACUUCCCGAACAAGCAAGGGCUGAUCUUUGUGGUGGACAGCAAUGACCGUGAUCGUGUUGUGGAAGCUAGAGACGAGUUUCACAGUAUGCUGAACGAAGAUGGGUUGAGAGAUGCUGUGCUUCAAGUCUUUGCUAACAAGCAAGAUCUUCCAAACGCAAUGAAUGCUGCUGAGAUAACUGACACACUUGGGCUUCACUCUCUCCGUCAACGACACUGGUACAUACAGAGCACAUGUGCUACAUCAGGAGGAGGGAUUUAUAAGGGACUUGACCGGCUCUAUAACAACAUCACAAACAAGGUUAUAUCAAGUUUACAACUAACUUGUCAAAGUAUUUUACUAUUGAUUGACUCGGAGUUUAGCGCUGGAGCGACUGUAGAGGUUAGAACCAAGGUUGAAUCAUUUGGUAUUAUUUGGGCUCCGGCUAUAACCAUAAAGGAAAAUGAAGACGGGACAUUGCUUGUGAAGUAUAAGAGUUUGAGCGGUGGAGAAGAUGAAUGGACCAAGACAAGCGUUCCUUACUCGGAAGUCAGGCCUUCACCCCCACCUUUUGAUUUAAGAGCCUUUUCUUUGAUGGAAAAUGUUGAUGCGCUACUCGAGUGUGGAUGGUGCCCAAGUGUAGUAAGCAAGCAUGGCUCUAUGUGGGGAUAG